UGAAUUUUUGGGGAUCGAAAUUGGAAUAUGCCGAUUUACAAUAAUAAAUAACAUGUUCUCAAUUUAAUUUAAUAUGUGUAGAAGCAUCCUAAUAUUGACACGCCGAUCUCUUUCAUUUGCCCCCAACCAUUCAUUUCUCUGUUUUCUCUCUCUUCUUUCUGCACACACAAAAGGGAAUUAGGAAUACAUCAUUUUUACACGUACUGUAUUUUGAUAAAGAAAAAAAAAAGAAGAAACAAUCGUUUUCUUUAUCUGAAAUUCUUGUCUCUGUGUGUGUGUGUGAGAGAGAGAGAGAGAGAGAGAGAGAGAGAGAGAGAGAGAGAGAGAGAGAGAGAGAGAGAGAGAGAGAGAGAGAGAGAGAGAGAGAGAGGCUAUAUUUAUCAUGAAAAUUUCUGUAUUUUGUUUCCAUAGAUUAGUUUAUUUAUCAGAAAGCUAACCAUGAAAUAAAUCUUGAUUCUUGGCGGUUUCACAUGUUCAAAUCUGUCGUAGAGAUUGAUUAAAUGGGGGGAAUAUCGGAUAAUGUGACCGGACUUGUUUUGGCGAUCUCUUCAAGCGUAUUCAUCGGUUCUAGUUUCAUCAUCAAGAAAAAGGGCCUUAAGAAGGCCGGUGCUUGUGGUACUCGAGCAAGUGAUGGAGGCUACUCUUAUCUGAAGGAGCCUUUGUGGUGGGCUGGUAUGAUAACAAUGCUCUUCGGGGAGGCUGCAAAUUUUGCUGCCUAUGCAUAUGCUCCGGCUAUUCUCGUGACCCCCUUGGGAGCUUUAAGUAUCAUUUUCAGUGCAGUGUUAGCUCACUGCAUUUUGAACGAAAGAUUGCAUAUGUUCGGUGUUGUUGGUUGUAUUAUAUGCUUAGUGGGCUCCGUCACCAUUGUUUUACAUGCCCCACUGGAGAAGGAUAUUGAAUCGGUCAAACAAGUUUGGCACUUAGCCACUGAACCAGGUUUUAUUAUCUACACUUGUGUAGUAUUGGUUCUUGUCGCAGUUCUAAUUUUCGGGUUUGAGCGGAGAUACGGGCAGACACAUAUGCUUGUGUAUAUUGGAAUUUGUUCUCUCAUGGGUUCUCUUACGGUCAUGUGUGUGAAAGCAGUUGGGAUAGCUUUAAAGCUGUCGUUUUCGGGGUCGAAUCAGUUCAUAUACUUUCAGCCUUGGUUAUUUACUUUUUUGGUUAUUGGUUUCUGUCUUAUGCAGCUGAUUUAUCUGAACAAGGCACUGGACAUGUUCAAUACAGCUGUCGUGUCGCCUGUAUAUUUCGUCAUGUUCACAUUCCUCACUAUAUUAGCCAGUGUCAUCAUGUUUAAGGAAUGGGAUUCUCAGAGUGCGACGGAUAUUGUGACGGAAAUAUGCGGUUUUGUGACGAUAAUUUGCGGGACUUUUCUACUGCACAAAACAAGGGAUAUGGGAGGUUCUGCAGAUGAACCACCAUCAUCAUCAUCACAUAUAACUAUAGAGAUAUGCAAUUCCCCAAGAAAUCAGUAUGAGGUUUGAGCAUUUGAUCACUGUGUGAAACUUGAGGGAUUGAACUGUAGACAAUGGGCUGUCGAAAACAAGUGAACUUUUUCGAAAAAUCUUUGUUUCGAAAAUGAGGUAACAUUCUCUUGAGUGGCGCCUUGGCGGUAUCGGAUUUAUAUUUUGUUUCUUCCAUUGUUCUAUAUCUUUGGUGGUGGUGGUGGUGGUGGUGGUGGGUGGUGGAGGUUGGUGGUCAGAAUUUGCACUUGUAGAUGAGAAAUAAAUUCAAUUACAUGUAUACAGUCUAUUUAUGAAAAAACCCCUCAGAUUUGAGAAAUUACAUCCAGCCCCUUACGGUUUGUACAUUUUUUACAUCCACCCCUUACUAAAGGUUAUUAAUGUAAGAAACCUACACAUGAGGGUUAUAUUUUCCGUAAAUAGAUCUUACUUCAGAGGACGGUUGUAAUUAGCCCUAAAUUCAAUAAUAUGAAUUAGUCUUUGAAAUU